GUCAGCCAAGAUCUCAUCCUCUCUUUACUGUAAACUCUCUUCAUCAUCCAUCUCUAACCCUAAUCUACUUUGCUUUAAUCUGCAAUGCAUCACCAAAAUUUGAAAUCAAAGCCCUAAGAUCUCGUCUCUUUCUCUCUCCAUAUGGCUUUCGACUCCUCUCAAUCCUGCCUCUAAUUAAUCUAAUCUAGUAAGUUCUUGUGGAUCCUUUCUCUCUCUCUCUCUCUCUCUCUCUCUCUCUCUCUGUUUCCUUUCAAGCUCUUCCUAUGGAUUUUAAUUCAGUUAUGGAUUAGCUUUGGUUUUGGAUUGGUUUUUUUUAUCAAAUCAGCUCUUUGAUUCAGGACAGUCUCAGUUCGUGGAGUCAGUUUAAUUUGUGGGUUCUACUCACGAACCAAACCACUCAUCUCUCCCCCCUUCCACUCCAUCUCUUGCCUUCUAUUUCUCUGCUCUCUUCAUCAUUGUAAUUUCUUGAUCAAAAGCAGAGAACAUGAGUAAUGUAGCUAAUGUUGAUGUAUUAAUGGUAGACAGUGCUACUAGGUUGCACAACAAUGAUGGUGAGGGUGAGAAUCCUGGAAAGAAAAGAAAAGCAAAUGAUGGACUUGUGAGGGUUUUAAAAGAUGCAAUAAACAAAUGGGGAACUGCUAUUUUUCAUGGCAAAGACAUUCACAUGAGAUGUGCAGCCCACAUCAUAAACUUGGUUGUUGGUGAGGGUGCCAAAGAGAAAGGGAUGAACAAGUCUAUAACUACCAUUAGGGCUGCAGUCAAAUAUGUUAGGCAAAGUCCUAUGAGGUUAAAGAGAUUUAAGAACGCUUGUGAGUGGGCAGAAAUUGAAUCCAAAAAGCUAUUGUGUUUGGACAUCCAAACGAGGUGGAAUUCACUUUAUUUGAUGAUGGACACUGCUAAGAGGUUUGAGGAAGCUUUUGAGAGAUAUGCAAGACAAGACCCAAACAUGAAGAAUGAGUUGAAUGAUGGCCCUGAUGCUCCUAGAUUCCUUUCUUGCAUAGAUUGGGAAAAUGUUGAUCAUAUACUUAAAAAAUGGGAAUGGGAUGUGGAUCUUCAUGAUCUUGCUGGUAGAAUGAGGAAAAAGUACAAAAAGUAUUGGGGGAAUCCAAGGGAGAUGAACAAAAACAUUUUCUUUGCAGUGGUGUUGGAUCCAAGGUAUAAGAUGGAUUAUUUGGAGUAUUUAAUAAUAAAGAUGUUUGGUUGUAAACCUGAUGGUGAACCUAAUGAUGAUGGGCCUCUUUAUGUUGCCAUGGUCAAACGUGAGAUGGGAAUGCUGUUUGAAGAAUACAAGAGGUUGAAUUCCUCUACUGUGAAAUCAAGUUACUGCCAAUCGUUUGAUGAAGAAAGAAACAGCUCUACCUCUGCAACCAAUAGUCAAAGUGUGGCAAAUCCAAAAAAUAGAGUGCAAAGAUCCCAAGUGAGGUAUGAUUACAAGAAGUUUAAAGCUGCCUAUUUUCAUCCCAAGUUUAGAGAAAGGUAAUAUAUUGUAUACAACAUGUUUCUUUUCAAUUCAAUUAUUUAUUUAAUUAUGCAAUUGAGAAAAUUUUAACCAUGAAACUGUUUUUUUUUUUUUUAAUGGAUUUUACAGAGUUUGAUAAGCUUCAUUUGGAUUCAAGAAUGGUGGAUUUAUAAAUGGUAAGGCACAAG